CCAUUUGGCCGCCGCAUACCCUGCGACAUUUACUGGCACGGUGUCUCGUUUCACGAUAAUGCCAUCUACUCGGGCCAGGUCAACAAAUUUCCAGGCAUGACCGAGGUGGUUCGGAAGAUCUCCCUGAGCCGUGCCAUGCGGAUGAUGCAGGAACUCUUCCCCGAGGAAUAUGACUUCUACCCGCGCUCCUGGAUCCUGCCAGAGGAGUUUCCCAUUUUCCUCGCAGAGGUCCAGAUGAUGAAAGAAGCCAACCCCAGGUGGAAGCCCAUAUUCAUUGUGAAACCUGACGGCGGGUGCCAGGGGGACGGAAUCUACCUCAUUAAAGAGCCCGCCGACAUCCAGGGGACGGGGAGCGCCCGACCCCCCCGACCUGCGGUGGUCCAGGAGUACGUUUCCCAACCCUUUCUCAUCGACAACCUGAAGUUCGACAUCCGCCUCUACGUCCUGCUGAAGUCUCUGGACCCGCUGGAGUUCUACGUCGCCAAGGACGGCCUCUGCCGCUUCUGCACGGAGCGCUACCAGGAGCCGACCCACAAGAACCUCCACCAGGUCUUCAUGCACCUGACCAACUACUCCCUCAACGUCCACAGCGGGAACUUUGUCCACUCCGACAGCGCCAACACGGGCAGCAAACAGACCUUUUCCAGCGUCCUCAAUAGGUUGUCCUCCGGCGGCGGCGACCUCGAGGACCUCACCGAAGACAUCGUUUCCCUGGUCAUCAAGACUGUGAUUGCCAUGGUCCCUAACCUGAAAAUUUACCACCAGUCCGAUAUCCCUGCCGGAAAACCGGGGCCUUCUUGCUUCCAGAUUUUAGGAUUUGACAUUCUGCUGAUGAAAAACUUGAAGCCAAUCUUGAUGGAAGUCAAUGCGAACCCCAGCAUGAGAACGGAGCACGAGAAAGAGGUUUCUCCAGGGGUCUAUGAGUACAUCCGAAGCCCUGUUGACGAGGCAGUCAAAAUCUCCGUCAUCCGGGACACCCUGCGGUUAGUGGAUCCGCGCAAGAAAAAGAGGGAAAAGACAUUAGCCGAGGUUUCAGAGGCCGAAUGGGAGAGGGAAAACGAUUUGCUGGAAGAAGGGCCAGAGCUGGAUGACAGCAAGACGUCAGAAGCCAAGUUCCCUUCCAUUUGCCUCAGGGAGCUGUACCCGAAGCUCGCAAAGGAAUUUGACUAUCUGCGGCUGGUCGAGCGGAUUGCGGCUCUCUUCAUCCGUUUCCUGGGCGUGAAGGGGACGACGAAAUUGGGACCCACGGGCUUCCGGAUGUUUAUAAGGAACAGCAAGCUAAGCAACAGCGAGUUCAGCAUGGCUUCCGCAGACAUCCUGUACAUUGACAUCACCAAGAAGCAGCACGGUCUCGCGACAGACCGAGAUGCGAGGAUGGACUUGCACACUUUUGUGGAGGCGAUUUGCUUCCUCGCCCAGAGGAGGUACAAGUCCCUCUCCCUCCACGAGCAGGUGGAGCUCCUCAUUGACUUCGCGGAGUCCAACUUGGCUGCCCAGGACAAGAAGCGCGCCUGCUGGGACCAGCGCGUGGCCCUGGUGACUUGCCACCAGAACCGGCUCCAACUCCGCCCUGCCACCAACAUGCUGGUCGAUUACAGAAGCUCCCGCCCGUGAAAGACUGCCUUUGCUGAUGCGGAUUUAAAGGGAGGUUUAGACCACAUUCUAGUCCAUUGGGUGACGUUAAAUCUCAUAGCCUAUGUCAGGGGUCCCCAGACUUACCCGCCUUUGGGCCGGUGCCCGCUGCGCCGAUCGCUCGGCGGGCGGGAGAGUGCGCGCGCAGCGGGCCGGAGGGUGGGGGAAGCGCGCGCCGGUGCGCAUGCG